AGGUGAGGAAAGUGGAGGAAAGGUGCGUGGGUGAGGGCGAGGGUGACAGAGACGAGACGGACCCCCUCCGUCUUCGCCUCCGCUUCGGUCACCUUCUUCGGAGAGAAAGAAGAAAAAGAACUAGAGAAAAAAACUAGUAAAUUGAACUUGAUUGAAAUGUAGAAGUGGUAUUUUCUGUUUUCUUGCCUCCUAGAAAAUUAGCGGCAGAUGUAUCGGUAGCAGCUGCCAUAACACAACUGACCUCCCUUUUUGUUUAAAAUAUAUACUUUCCACCCGUCUGGGUCUCUGCACCUCCUCUCUCACUCUCUCUCUGUCUCACAUGGCCUCCUCCCACUCCUUCCUCUUCUCCCGUCCCUCCCCGGCCCGACCGGCCAUCGGUCCGGUUCAUUCCCCGCCCUCUCCGCCCCCCUUCCUGAACCGGUCCGCGUCCUCGUCCUCCCAUUCCCUCUCCACGUCCCUCCGCACAUCCCACUCCUCAUUCCCCUCCUCCCCUUCCAAGAAGCAUCUCCGCCGCCCCGUGAUCGCCUCCGCCGCCUUCCGCCUCCCCACCACCGCCCCUCUCAUCUCCCCCACCGACUCCUGGGGCACCUGGACCGCCCUCUUCUCCGCCGCGGCCUUCGGCAUCUGGUCGGAGAGGAAGACCCGGUGGGGCAGCGCACUGAGCGGCGCCCUCGUGAGCACGCUGGUCGGCCUGGCUGCCAGCAGCGCCGGGAUCGUCGCGUCGGACGCGCCGGCGUAUAGAGUAGUGCUGGAGUAUCUGCUGCCGUUGGCCGUCCCCUUGCUACUCUUUAAUGCCGACCUCCGCCGCGUCAUCAGGUCCACCGGCACCCUGCUCUUGGCCUUCUUACUUGGAUCUGUUGCAACGACAAUUGGCACAGUGGUAGCAUAUUUACUGGUUCCUAUGCGAUCACUUGGGCAAGAUAGUUGGAAGAUUGCUGCAGCACUCAUGAGUAGGCAUAUCGGUGGAGCUGUUAAUUAUGUUGCUGUCUCGGAGGCUCUUGGUGUUUCCCCUUCAGUAUUAGCAGCAGGGUUGGCUGCAGACAAUGUCAUAUGUGCAGUAUAUUUCACGUCUCUUUUUGCACUAGCUUCUAGGAUACCUCCAGAAGCUUCUACAUCUUCCAAUGGAGAUGAUGAAGUGAACAACGAAUCUGGAGGAAACAAGCUAUCUGUUCUACAAAGUGCCACAGCAUUAGCUAUAUCUUUUGCUAUAUGCAAAGCAGCGACGCAUAUUACUAGUCAAUUUGGAAUGCAAGGAGGGAAACUUCCCUGCAUAACAGCUAUUGUGGUGGCUUUGGCAACCAUAUUUCCAUCACAGUUUGGAAGCUUUGCUCCGGCUGGUGAGGCUAUGGCAUUAAUUCUAAUGCAGGUUUUCUUUGCGGUGGUGGGAGCAAAUGGUAGUAUUUCCAAUGUUAUCAACACAACACCCGGCAUAUUUGCGUUCGCAUUUGUACAGAUUGCAGUGCACCUCGCGGUGAUUCUUGGAGUUGGAAAGCUGCUAGGGUUUGAGCAGAGACUGCUGCUCAUGGCAUCGAAUGCCAAUGUGGGUGGGCCCACCACUGCUUGCGGGAUGGCGACUGCCAAAGGUUGGAGCUCUCUCAUUGUUCCAGGAAUUCUCGCUGGCAUCUUCGGAAUAGCAAUUGCCACCUUUCUUGGCAUUGGCUUCGGAGUGUAUGUCCUGAAAUACAUGUAACAUCUUUGCUAGCUACUUGUAGUUCUUUUCAGCUCUUUUGCAUAUAAAUCUCCUGCAAAUAUGCAAAACUGCAUAAUUUCUUCCCAAAGUUGGUUCCUAUGUGCAUGCCCAUGAAACUGUAUUUAUGUGCAUGCCCAGGAAACUGUAUUUAUGUGCAUUGAUGCCUGGUGCUGCCAAUUUUAUAUUUGGAAAAAAGUGCUUUUACGUCGAUAUCUUAGGAGGCAUGCACACAGUUAAGUAAUGUUUUGGGGGACACGGACGCAAAUUUUAGCUUACAUGGUAUUUCUCAUAAUUCUGCAUAUCUGCAGAGGAUCUAUAUGUAGAAGAAAAACUUAUUCUUUCCUCUGGAAGAUCAUUCUGUACUAUAUUUUAUUUCGUAUUGUAGUUGUAUUCCCUGAAACUCCCUUUCA